AUGUCAUCUUCACCCCAAUUACCGGAGGAUUGGAUCGGUCCCACGGAAAACGAUGGGUGGGAUGCGAGACAGCAUGUGGGGGUAUGUGCCUUUUCGAAGAACGUGAAUUGCUAUUUGCAAGAUGCCGUUCGCUCACUUUCGCCUUGCGCUGUCGAGGAUUGGCCUCCUGAGCUCGCUUUUGAUUAUCCCGAGGAGCACGACCCGUUCAUCAAGCUGGCUCAGACCGAUACUGUGUCGCUCGCCUUAAGAAGCGUGCCUAGAUGCCCCACUUCCAUGAAGAUCAGUCAUGACUUGUUGGACGCUCCAGAGGAACUGCAUGAAAAUACACCAAAAAAGGGGGUUCAGUGA